AUGAGUCAACGACGUGGUUCAUUAUUACCUGCUUAUCCAUCUCAUAAAUUUGAUACACGAUCGACCUUAUUAUUAUUGGCAAAUGUCAAUACUAUUGAUUGCGAUUUAAUGGAAGUCUUAUCCUAUUCUGGUGAUAGUAAUCAUGGUAAUCUUCAAUAUUGUCCGUUUACAUUUAAUAUUAAUUCCAAUCAUGAAUUUCUUCCAUCGUAUUUGCUCAAUUUUUAUCAAAAAGUUUAUCUUGAUACAAGUCAUCGAUGGAAAAUUCCAUUAUCUUUGAUCGAUUAUAAUUUAAUACGUCUUCAUAAAUGUAUGGAUAGAUAUAAUAAACAAGUUGGUGAAGCAGCACUAGCAUUCAUCAAUGAAUUACCAUUAUCAUUGGAAUUUUAUUUACAAAUUGAUGGUAAUACAGUAUAUUAUUUAUGA